AUGAGCACGCAAUUAGUGGUGGAGCGACCAUCCUCGCUGUUCCCUCGUCACUCUCCCUAUUCAUUAAACGAACACCCGUUGUCCUUGCCACCAUCGACUCACAAUUUUCGUUAUGAUCCAAUAAAUUCGGAACAGACCCAGAGUUUCUUCCCAGGACACCAUCAACCAUAUCCUGUCCCAUACCCAUCUUCAUCAAGAAUGCGCACCGCCACCGACUCAAAUUCCACCAAGCAAUCAACCGCUGGAGGUACCAUGGGAAUGAUUAAUACCAAUCUGAGCGGAGAAGAUAAUGGAAGCGGCGUCAUCAAAAGAACGAAUAAGACUCAUGUCCCAAGCGCCUGCGUUAACUGCAAGAAGGCUCACCUCGCCUGCGAUGUCUCAAGACCCUGCAAACGAUGCGUCGCACUUGGAAAAGUUGAAACUUGCGUUGACAUCAAACACAAGAAGCGCGGCCGCCCAAAGUUGAAGGAUAAGAAGCAGUAUCCGUAUGAUACACAUGCAACUGCUGAUGCUAAAACAUGGGGAACCAAUCCACAAUUUUUACCACCCACCACCGCCGAUCCGGACCAGCAGUCAAGUAGUCGCCAUCAUGUUGAUCAACCGCCGCCUCCGCAAAAUCAACAACUUUCAUUCUCGUCCUUCAUACCAUCACCGCCUCAUCUUCAUUCGCCGCCCGUAAGUAAUCGACCGACGUUUCAUCGUCCUUCCCAGUUUCUAGAAAAACCUUCCAAACAGCUAAUGAGGUCACCGUCGGUGUCAUCGCUACCGGAGAGUCAGCCGUCCACCAUCACCAUGUACUUGACCAUCGAUGGAGCCACAUGCGCGUCCGUAUCAAAAGAGUGCCUGGGAAGUAUGGGAUACUAUCCGUUAGAGCUUGUGAACAAAUCUAUCUACGACUAUAUACUGGCCGGUGAUGUGGCAAAGUUUCAAAAGUUUUUCAAUUCGCUGUUAGAAAGUAUGCACCGACAUAAUAACCCAUCGAAUCAGCACUCGUAUCAACCGCUACCCUCUGAUGGCAUCGAGGGGAUGAUCAACUUAAGGCAGAGAAUUGGUCAAUAUGAUCUGUAUAAUGUUCGAAUGUACCUUGAACGAGGUUCCGGUUUUGAUUUUGCGCGGAGGGAAACGCACGUUGUCGCGCUCUUCACCAAGAUCAAGAGUGACACCUACAUCCAAUCGGGCGACUGCAGCCCGUAUGUGCGAUCACUCAGCGCGGAUCCCGCGUCACAUGCGAUGAACAUGGGUGUAGGACGAUCUGGUCUCCUGAGCCCACUCUUAUCCCCGCGGCAGAGUAAUUUUUCAGACAUUACACCUCUCACGUCAUUGUACGUCGAGGCGCCUCCUCAUCCACCAUCGAACCCCCACAAUCCAAAUGAUCAUUUUAAUCAAUCACACUAUCAUUUAUCGGAUAAUUAUCAGAAGCACCGUAGCAAUGCCACCAACCAUUACUCACCAAUCAUCCCUCGUCCAAGUCCGAUAGUUCCAAGCGUACAUCGACCCGAGCCGUUGGUUAAUCCCGGUCCACCUUCGCGCCGCUCAGAGACGUCGCUCUCAUUGUUGAUCGAAGGCCGAUCUUCCGCCUUUAAUCCCACGCGAUCACCGCCCAGUAGCAUUAUAUCGCCCAUCUCCACUCCUUCCGCUUAUAAACAAGAAUUCGAAGACUCCAAGCCAAACAUGAAUGCCUCUAUCAUGAUACCGAGGGAGCCUGGUUCUCGUGGGGAAAACCUCAACGUAUCCGAUUCUGAAUCCACCAAGAGGAUGAGC